CUAGUGGGUAUAAAAGGAUGUGGGUGGAUGUCCACUUUCUCCACGUUGUGUUGCGCUUCACACAGCUGUCUCAGCCUCUAGCCGCCGUGGUGAAGGAAAAGCCCAGAAUCUUUCAGAAAAAUGGACUUCAAUGGAUCAUGGCAGGUGUACUCCCAGGAGAACUACGAGGAGUUCCUCAGGGCUAUGGAAUUGUCGGAAGAUAUCAUUAAGCUGGCCAAGGAUGUCAAGCCAGUUACUGAGAUCAAACAGACAGGCAAUGACUUCGUCAUCACCUCCAAGACACCUGGAAGAACUGUGACCAACUCCUUCACCAUCGGCAAGGAGGCUGAAAUCACCACCAUGGAUGGCAAGAAGCUAAAGUGUGUUGUCAACCUGGAGGGGGGCAAACUGGUCUGCAAAACUGGCAAAUUUUCCCACGUGCAGGAGCUCAAAGGAGGAGAAAUGGUUGAGACUUUGACAGUUGGUUCAACAACACUCAUUAGGAAAAGCAAAAAGAUGUGAAUUUGACAACAAAAAACACCUUUUUAAUAAAAAAUGUGCUUAAAAAAA